AUGUCGGUUGGCCCUCAGUGCAGGCAGGAAUCCGAUUGCCAUAAACAGGGGACGUCCAGUCAUCCACAGCGUCGGCAAUGGACUACAGGUGUUGGUAUUGCCCUUGUGUCAUCUGGCAUUGCAAAAUUCCUGGAACCAGCAGUGACAUCUACUACGCCACUCAAUGAGUUCCCAGUACCAUGUCACGAUACUUCUUUCUCCAACAUACAAGGAGCAGUUGCAGAGUUCGCCGGUAUCCUAGGUGAGGACAAGGUCAUCAGUGACAAGGAAGCUUUGGCACCCUACUCCACUUCUGAGUGGUCAUCCUAUUCUCCCAUGCACAAAGAUGAUUUGGACGUCGUAGUGCAACCUGCAGUGCAGUGGGAGGUAUUGAACGAAGAACUCGCCAAGGAUGGGCUCUUUUUCCCUCCAGACCCUGGCCCCGGUGCAAUGAUCGGUGGCAUGGUCGGUACCGGCUGCUCGGGAACAAACGCAUAUCACUAUGGAACAAUGCGCGACUGGGUCCUGUCUCUGACCGUUGUUCUAGCCGAUGGGACAAUUAUCAAGACCAGGCAGAGGCCACGGAAAUCGAGCGCCGGUUAUGAUCUGACUAAGAUAUUCAUCGGCAGUGAGGGUACACUUGGCCUGGUCACAGAAGCGACCUUGAAGCUGGCUGUCAAGCCGAUGAAUGAGGCAGUGGCAGUUGCAUCUUUUCCGUCCGUUCAUGAUGCAGCCAGCUGUGUUUCGGAAGUGGUCAAACGGGGGAUCAAUAUUGCCGCCGUGGAACUCCUGGAUGAUGUUCAGAUGAAGUGUAUCAACACGAGCCAAACAACGAGUCGUUCGUGGGACGAGGCUCCAACCUUGUUCUUCAAGUUCUCUGGAGCGCCCGGUGAAGUGAAGGAGAAGAUUUCGAUUGUUCAGAAAUUAGCCGAGAAUGCUAACAAGAAGACUUUCACAUUCGCCCGCAACUCAGAAGAAGUUGAUGAGUUGUGGAGUGCCAGAAAGGUAGCACUGUGGAGUAUUCUGCAAAUGAAACAGCAGCCAACGGAUCAUGUCUGGACUACCGAUGUCGCUGUGCCCAUGAGCAGACUACCCGACAUCAUCGAGCAAACUAGGGAGGAGAUUUCUGCCAGUGGCUUACUUGGAGGCAUCGUUGGCCAUGUGGGCGAUGGGAACUUCCAUGCAAUGCUCCUCUUUAAUGACGACCAACGCAAGGUAGCGGAGAGUGUUGUCCACAACAUGGUUAAGCGUGCUGUGGAAAUGGAAGGGACUGUCACUGGGGAGCAUGGAGUGGGAAUGGUGAAGAGGGACUACCUGGAGCAUGAACUUGGUAAAACAACUGUCGAUACCAUGCGCAGAUUCAAACAAGCUCUUGACCCUCUUUGUCUGCUCAAUUGUGAUAAGGUUGUGAGAGUUCAAGUCCCCAAGCAGGGAGAAGUCCCCGAGUGAUACUUCAUCUACUACAAUAAUCUUGAUAGUUAUUUUGAAGGCCUUGGGGAGGCCAUCGAACAACAGAUUCCUGAAAAUGUUGAAAAGUAUCACGUACUCUGUAGAAUGGCUCGAAUCAAUGCGAAAGGUAUUCGCCGUAAUUGUCCAGAAGCUCGAAGCACAGUAUCUCCACUUACCAUCCCUGAUUCUCCUACACAUGGAGACUCUACAUUCUCUGUUGCCCAGAAGUACAUGAAGAGCUACCUUGCCAUUGAUGACAGGCUUGAGAUGCCACCAAUACAAACCCCACUACUCCAUAUGUGGCGAGGCUACCCCGACUAUACGUACACACUCGAUCUUGACCGUGAGCUUCUGGGCGUUGACCACUCAGCGUAUUUCAAGCUAUCUAAAAUCCCACGUGGUGGGCGUUGGCAUCAAUACCUCAAUGAGGACUACAACCGCCGCCGUAUGGUGUUGCGGGAGGACACCCCGGAAGAUAUUGUUGGCGAUGUUGCCUUGAAACCGAGCAUCAACAGUGAAGCAAGGGCCAACUAUGAUACCCUAGACAUUGAAACAAUGCCGUCGGAGGUUUUCUGUGGUUCAUCCGGCACGCUGCUCCCCCGCGAGGCCUUGCUGCUGAGUACCUUCUCAUGUAUGCACAGCUCGUUCAAGAAACUCCUGGAUCCGUUCAUCUCGGAAUGGACACCCGAGAGUUUUUCGUUCCGGGAAAUAGCAUUUGCGCUUCUGUCCAUUGCUGCUGGUGAGGUGACCUUCGAGUCCGUCCGAACUCUCGAUAGAAACUAUGAAACAGAGGGCUACUACGUCCUUCCAGAUGGUCGCUUGCUUCCACGUUUCCUGUAUGAACGCCAUCUCCCCGGUGUUGAGCCUGGAUCAGCACCCCAAAACCGUACCUAUUGGUUCAGCAAUGUUCUUGUACACCUGGCUUCGAGGCUGGACAUAGUCGAUGUUGAAAAGGCAGCGGUUAUCGAAGCAGUAGAUGCCGGACUUGCCCAAGGUUUGGAUGCAUUCUAUGCUAUGGUCUUCUCACUUUCGGACGUUAUCCUCGUCCAUGUUCAGAAGGGGGGCGGUAAGGUGCGUGUUCAGAGGUCAGACUUGAUGCCUCUGUUCUACUUUCAUGAGGAGAGCUCCUGGUAUCCAAACGGGCCCCGUACAAGGCCAACGCAAGCAACCCAGCCGCCUACGCCAGGUACCGAUGCCAAUUAUGCAUUGCAAUGUAAGACACAUACGGGGGAUGAUACUUCUCGUUGCAGCAAGGCGAGUGACGGCAAUGAUGACGAGAAGACCAUGAUUGAAGAUAAACGGACAGAUGACAGCAUUACCUUUGCAGUGAUGAUGCGCUUCCUUGGUAUGGCCGCCCGACUGCGUUUGGCGUCUGCGAAGCCACGCAGGGUCCCCAACGAAAUUCUGACUUCCGUCAUGCACUUCACGGACCCCCAAACGUACAAAAAGCUGACCAAUGUGUCUGCCAGUUGCCGACAGUUGAGUGAUCACAAGUUCCGUCUAAAUGACAGCUACGAUGUGGUUGGUAUUGAUGCCCAAAGCAUGGGGACCUGCCGUCGUUUCAUCAUGGAAGAUAUCCACACUGGGGAGAGGUACUACCCCGAAAUACAGCACGAUAAUAGCGACGCAUCGGAUUUCAGUCUAAGCCGCGAUGCUCCGGAGGACAUGCUUGAAAUGUAUAUCGUGAUCGGAGAAGAAACCACCAGGCGGAGUAUCGUAAGCCUAGCAGCCUUGCGGUUCCUAAAUUUGCCCCCAAAAGACACGGCCCGCACCAAUAAAGUCCAGAUGCCCAUUGGGGAGUGGUACAACCACAUGCACGCCGGGGUCAUUUCAAGGCUCUUUAGAAUACCUGAUUAUCAGUAUCUCGGCUUUAUCGAGAACGCAUGGGGCAUAUACCUCCGUAGGAUAAUCGAACGAGAGACUAGAGAUGCGGCAAACUUUUCCAGGUCGAUAAAUAGCGCCCCGUACCGAUGCCUCCUGCCGCCAGGGUACCGUGAGCUGAGCAUGUACUCAUUUUCCUGCAAUGGCCUGCGAGCCUUUCUGCGCCACCCACAAGAUGAGCGUCGUGAGGAAUGGACGAAGACCAUCGAAUACGCAGUGCACCAGCUUAAUCGCCCAGAGCAAUACCCCUGUGUGUUUCUCCUACGAGGGUGCCCUGUGAUUCUAGCCUUUGGUACAAGGCUGAAGCUGUUUUACUAUAUCCAUCGCCGCGAAGAGGCACCCAGCCUCCCGCCCAAUGCAAGUCCCACCAGUAUCCAGUUUGCUGUAUCUUGCACCGACCCGGAGCCCAAGCAUCGUCUCGUGCAGCUUAUUCCUGGGAGCGAGCCGAUCGAUUUGAAGCAUAGAGAUGGCUGCGAAAAGUUUGAACAAUGGGUCCAAGUCUUCUGUGACAAAGAAGAUCCAGAGACAGAAUGGGAUCCAAUUACUGGAGAAUACAUUACCAUGGCUCGUCGAACAGAGUACUAG